AUGCCAGCAAUGGACGUGGAUGCGCCUCAGUCGUCCAUCGACGAGGGCCUCUACUCUCGUCAGCUUUAUGUGCUGGGUCACGAUGCAAUGAAGCGCAUGGCCGUGUCCAACGUCCUGGUCGUCGGUCUGCGAGGUCUAGGAGUCGAAGUAGCCAAGAACAUCUGCUUGGCAGGUGUCAAAUCCGUCACCUUGUUCGAUCCUAACACUGUCAACAUCGAGGAUCUGUCCACUCAGUUCUUUCUGAGGCCUGAAGAUGUGGGAAAGAAGAGUAGAGCUGAUGCUACCGCUCCGCGAUUAGCAGAGCUCAACACCUACGUGCCCGUACGGGUACUGGAGGAGCCUGCGCUCUCCAAAGACGCUCUGUCUAGAUUCCAAGUGAGUCACGGUGCCAUAGCAGUCAUCGGCACUCAUCGGGUCACCGGGAGGAAUCGCAAAGGUGGCUGGGUGGUAGGGAGGGAUUGGCGGCAUUAAGCCUUAUCUCCGGCCUUGCCCACCCCGCGUACGAUAUCAGCAGGGCUAAGCGCUGCGUUCUUGACAGCAAAGGCUGACCAAAUUUGGCUCUCCAGGUCGUGGUAGUGACGAAUGAGUCUUUGGACAAGCAGCUGGAGAUCAACGAUUGGACGCACGGCACCUCGACCCACUUCAUUGCUGCAGACGUGCGAGGCCUGUUCGGAUCCGUCUUCAACGACUUUGGACACAAAUUCCUCGUCAAUGAUCCUACCGGCGAGCAGCCCCUCAAUGGUAUGAUCGUAUCGAUCGACUCGGACUCGAAUGGUAUCGUGACCACGCUCGAUGAAACCAGGCAUGGACUCGAGGAUGGCGACUACGUCUCUUUCAGCGAGGUGCAGGGGAUGGAGGCCCUGAAUGCUGCUGAGCCGCGAAAGGUGACAGUGAAAGGACCAUACACCUUCUCCAUCGGCGACACGACUGGUAUGGGCGAGUACAAGCGUGGUGGUAUCUUCACUCAGGUCAAGCAGCCCAAGACGAUUGACUUCAAAUCUCUACGCGAGAGUCUCAAGUCGCCAGAACACCUCAUCUCUGACUUUGCCAAGUUCGACAGACCGCCCAGUCUCCACGCCGGCUGGCAAGCCCUAUCAGCGUUUUGGAAGUCUCAAGGCAGGCUACCAAAAGCACGCAGUGCCAUUGAUGCUAAUGCCGUCCUGGCGCUCGCUCAGGACAUCCACAAAGAAAGCGGCGAUGAGUCCGAGCUACAAGAAAAGGUAGUCAGGGAGCUCGCAUUGCAGGCAACAGGAGACCUUUCGCCAAUGGUCGCUUUCAUCGGUGGCUUCGUCGCGCAAGAAGCGCUGAAAGCUUGCUCAGGCAAAUUCCAUCCUCUCGUACAACACCUUUAUGUCGACUCGCUCGAGUCCUUGCCGGCCAAGGUGCCAGAGCUGCCCGAAUCCGAAUUUGCACCCAGGAAUUCGAGAUACGACGGACAGAUUGCCGUUUUUGGCCACAGCUUCCAAGAGAAGCUGGCAAACGUCAGGCAAUUCCUGGUCGGCUCUGGUGCCAUCGGUUGUGAGAUGCUUAAGAACUGGAGCAUGAUGGGGCUGGGUUCCGGACCCGAGGGAGCAAUCCACGUCACGGACAUGGACCAGAUCGAAAAGAGUAACCUCAACAGGCAAUUUUUGUUCCGACCCAAGGAUGUCGGGCACUUCAAGGCGGACACAGCUGCUGCUGCAGUAGCUGAGAUGAACACCGACCUCAAAGGCAAGAUUCACAGUCACCAGAACAGAGUUGGACCCGAGACUGAGGACGUAUACGGCGACGCUUUCUUCGCAUCGCUCACGGGCGUCACGAACGCGCUCGACAAUGUUCAAGCACGUCAGUAUAUGGACCGUCGAUGCGUUUACUACGAAAAGCCCUUGUUGGAAAGUGGCACGUUGGGCACAAAAGCGAACACUCAAGUUGUCUUGCCUCACCUCACUGAGAGCUACUCAAGUUCUCAAGAUCCGCCAGAGAAGUCAAUUCCUGUCUGCACGCUCAAGAACUUCCCCAAUGCCAUCGAACACACCAUUCAAUGGGCUCGCGAGCAGCUCGACGACUACUUCACCAAGCCAGCCGAGAAUGUCAAUCAGUACUUGACGCAGCCUGACUAUGUAGAGACAAGCCUGAAGAGCGGUGGAUCACAGAAAGACCAAUUGGAGCAGAUCAGGACUUUCUUGGUGGAGGAAAAGCCUAUUUCUUUCGAGCAGUGCAUCGCUUGGGCAAGGCUCAAGUUUGAAGAAAACUACAGCAACACAAUCAGGCAACUUCUGUUCUCUUUGCCCGAGGACGCGGUCACCUCAAGCGGUCAGCCUUUCUGGUCAGGUCCGAAGCGUGCUCCUAAGCCCAUCACCUUCGACGUCAAGGACGUAAGUGUCGAUUUUCGGCGCCGAGAGAUCGCUUUGCUCGCUGACUAAACAAGCGCUAUUCCCAUCGUUUAGCCAAUCCACCUCGAGUAUAUUGUUGCGGCAGCCAACCUGCACGCUUUCAACUACGGUCUCAAAGGCUCGACGAAUCCUCAGGUCUUUGCAGAGGUGUUGAGCAAGGUUCAAGUGCCCGAGUUUGUGCCUAAGAGCAACGUCAAGUUCCAAACGAACGAGAAAGAAGCUGCUCAGCCCGCUGAGCCUGCUGCGGCACCAGGCUCAGAAGGUGAACUGACGGAAAUUGCUAGCUCCUUGCCCACGCCUGCUAGCCUUGCUGGAUUCAGACUGCAGCCGGUCGAUUUUGAGAAGGACGAUGAUUCGAACCAUCAUAUCGACUACAUCACUGCCGCGUCCAACCUGAGAGCUAUCAACUAUGGCAUUCAACCUGCUGACAGACACAAGACUAAAGGCAUUGCUGGAAAGAUCAUUCCUGCUAUCGCGACUACGACCGCCAUGGCUACGGGUGAGUGUCUCGUCGUGCGUGUACAACGAGUUUGCUUCUGAUCAUGGUUUUCCAAUGUCACGCUCCACAGGUCUCGUCUGCUUGGAAGUGUACAAGAUCAUUGACGGCAAGGAUGACAUUGAGCAGUACAAGAAUGGUGCGUCCAGUGGAUUGGGUAUGAGUGUCGGAAUCAGGCUUUGAGUGCUGACAAAGCCUUGCUUUGUUUGGCAGCUUUCGUCAACAUCGCCCUCCCCUUCAUGGCGUUCUCUGAGCCCAUCGCUGCUCCGAAAUUCAAGUAUCCCAGUCCCGACGGAGAAGUUACAUGGACGCUGUGGUCCAGGUGAGACUUGAUCGUUGUACAGAACAACGGGUUCGUGCAAGUCUGACUCCGCGGCGUUCACUUGCAGAUUCAAGGUGCCCGGCAACCCGACAUUGCAAGAGUUCUUACGCCUGUUUGAGGAGAAGCAUGGCUUGGAGAUCACGAUGCUCUCUUCGGGUGUGUCCAUGCUUUUCUCUGGAUUCAUGCCGCCCAAGAAGAGGGAAGAGAGGCUAAAGAUGUCCAUGAAGCAGCUGGUGGAGAAUGUCAGCAAGAAGCCUGUUCCACCUGUGAGUACCGAUGCGAACAGUUUAGAGCUUUCGACCCUCUGCUCGAGCUGACUUGGUGUCUAUCCGCGUUUGUGCGACGUUUGCAGCAUGCCCGCUGGUCCGUUUUUGAAGCGAUGACCGAUUCGGUCGUGACGGAGGACGACGUUGAGGUGCCCUUCAUCCAGGUUGAACUUCAACCUGCUGCCUAG